AAUUAUAAUACUUUAUUAGAUCUACUAUUCUAGAUAUUGAUCUACUAUAUAGACUAAUCAUCACUAAUAUAGUAGAUAAAAGAUAAGACAUAAGAUCUAGACUCUAGACUAUUCAAAUUCAAGUUACACUUAUUGGAUACUGUGGUUUAUGUAGCUCGUUAUGGAUACCAUUGAAAUAAAAGCAUGUCUUAAAAAAGCCAGAGAUGCUCUUCGAGAAAAAGAUUUUAAAGAGGCUCUGAAACAGAGUAAGGCUGUCCUUGGAGUGGACAAGGAUAAUUAUAAUGCCUUGGUAUUUAUUGGACUUGCAGCAGAAGGACUGAAUCAGCCAGAUCAGGCAUUAAAAGCUUUUAGAAGAGCUUCAGAAAAAGACCCAGAUCAACUUCUUGCUUGGCAGGGAUUGUCCAGUUUCUUUGAUAAAAAUCCUACUGUAGUUGGCACAGAUGAAGCUAUCAUUAUUUAUCAAAGACUUUUGGCUUUAACUUUAAGCGAUUGCAAAAAACAGAUAGUUUAUGCACAGAAACUAGUGGACUUGUAUUUGAAAUCUAAUAAAAAAGAAAAGGCACUGGAACUGCUGGAGCAUCUUUUAGAUCUUCAGAAGGCUGUGGAAGAAAGAGUGACUGUACUUAAACAAAUUAUAAACACAUGGUCACAUGACUUGCCUCACAGUACAUCAAAUUUGUAUCAGUCAGCUUUAACUGAAAUUCUUCAACACACUGCAUAUUUAACCAAAGAUGAAAUCAGUACUUUUAUUGAGCAACUUCUCUGUCAGAUGUCAAAGGUUUCUGUGGAUUCGGUGAAAAUUCUGUGCACAACAUUCAAUGAAAAUUUCCCAGAUGCCUUCCCACCAAAAGAAUAUCUGCUCAGAUUUUAUUUAGAAACAAAUAUUGGUGUUGCCACAGUUCCUGUGACUGUAUGUGAACAAGUGGCUCAACUUAUUGAGCAGCUCAUCAGCAUCAAACCAGACUCUCUAAUGAUACAAGUUGCUCAAGGCUUUUUAGAAUUGCAGCGCAACAAUUUUGUUAAAGCAAAUAAUCUUUUGCAAGUUUGUGAUGCUGAUAAUAUUAGUGGACUCUACUAUUUAGGCUUUACAAAUCUUUGUUUACACAAAUACCAACAAUGCUUGGAGGUUUGUAAUAAAGGAUUGACAGCCUUGUCCAGUCCCAGCAGAGUGUUUAGUUCAUCGCUGGCUCAUGUAGACUGCUUGUUUAAAUUGGCCAUGGCUGAAGCCUACAGAGAAAUCAAUACACUUGACUCUAGAGAGAAAGCUUUUUCAAUUUUAGAAGAGGUUUCAGAAAGAAUGCCCAAUGAAGCCUUUCUUAUCAAGGCCUAUGUGUAUUUAGACCAGGGAAAGGUGGAUGACGCUCAGACAUGUGCUAAUUAUUUGCCUCAAGAUUCUCUGCCAGUACAGACUUUAAAAGCCACAAUUUUAUUUGCCAAAAAGGACUUCAUGUCAGCUCUACAAAUACUGAAGAAAAUUGUAGCAGAAGAUCCCUCUGACUUUAGAACCACAUUAAAACUAGGUCAAACUCUGUGGGAGCUAAGAAACUCUCAGGAUAUAGCAGAUGUGAAAGAGCAAUGUUUUAAUACUCUUCUUAAGGCUGCCAAACUUGACCCUCUUCAUUUUGAAAGUUUUCUGUACUUGGGCUACUUCUAUAGAGACAUUCAACGUGACAAAACUAAAGCUAGAAGAUGUUUUCAAAAAGCCUAUGAUCUGAAUUCUGCUUCUACUGAGACAGGAAUUGCUUUAGUAGAUUCACUGAUGGAAGAAGAAGAGCAAACUCAGUGUGUUAGGAUUCUAGAACAAGCUACUUCCCAAGCAGCCGCAGGACAUGCCAAAUGGGCUUGGUUAAGGCUAGGAUUGUACCAGAUCAAGCAAAAUGACUUUGAUGCUGCCAUUAUCUCACUGCAGUCUGCCCUCAGAGGAGAUCCUCAGGAUAACCAUGUUUGGGAAUGCUUAGCAGAAGCUUAUCUCCAGCGUGGUAGUUACAAUGCUGCAUUAAAAGCAUUUACUAAAGCAUCUGAGUUAGAUCCAAACUCUUUGUAUUGUCAAUAUAAGAUUGCUAACAUCAAACAUGUACUUGGAGAAAUGGCAAUGGCUAUUAUAGAGUACAAGAAAAUUUUAGAAAAAUCUCCAGAUUACGUUCCUGUCUUAAAAGGUGUUUCUGAAAGUCUUAUACAACUUGGUAAACACAAACUUCUUGCCUGUUUGGAUGAUCUAGCCAAAGGAUGUUUUGAAGAGGCUAUUGUCUUUUUAACUAGAGCUGCUGCUCAAAGACCAGAUUUAUCUUGCAUUUGGAAGUUGCUGGGCGAUGCUUGUACUCUGAUUUACCCAAUAGAUGUGGAGCCAUUUAGUGUGCCUGUGAAACUGUUAAAGAAAACAACAAGUGUUGAAGAGUUAAAGCUGGUUACUAAAAGUGAAUUACUCAGAAUAGGCUCUAGUUGUUAUGGUCAAGCAUUGAAAAUAUUUCCUGAAAGUGGCUCAUUGUGGCAUGACCUAGGAGUAAACUUGUACCAUCAAAGUCAGCUUUUAUUCAGCAAUGAUGACAGUGGAGAUGGUCUCACACUGUUAGACAGAGCCAGCCAGGCUCUGAAGAAGGCAAUUAAUCUAGAGCCCAAAGACUGGCGACACUGGAAUGUCCUGGGAGUCAUUGCCUGCUGCAGUGCCUGUGACAAGCCAUCUUUAGCUCAGCAUUGUUUUAUCAAGUCUCUAGAAUGUGAAGCAAAUAAUGUUGUGGCCUGGACAAAUCUUGGAACAUUUUAUCUCAGUAAAAAUAAUGUUGAGCUUGCUUACAAUGCUUUUAAAAAUGCCCAGAGUAUUGACCCAACAUAUGUGGCUUGUUGGAUUGGCCAGGCAAUGAUUGCUGAAACAGUUCAAUCAAAUGAGGCAAUGGAUUUAUUUCGACACUCUUCAGAGCUUGGAUUCAAUUUGGAGAGCAGUCUAGGAUACAGUCAGUGGGUAUUGAAAGUUCUAGGGGAUGCCAGUGUUAGAAAAACUGAUGUCUACCAUUACAGUAUCCAGCAGAUGGCAGCAGUACCAGCAGCUAGUGAUGACAUGACAAGAUAUACACGUCGUAUAAAGAAAGAUCCAGUUGCUUACAAUAUGCAGGGCUUGCUGUUUGAACAUCAAAACUUGCUAGAUUCUUCUGUAUCAGCAUUUCAGAAAGCUAUAAGCUUAUUGAAAGAAGGAUUCAGGGAUGAUUCAGAGAGUUAUUUAAAUGAUGUUCAAAUCAAUCUAGCCAGAGUACUGAGUAAGCAAGGAAAAUAUGAAGAGUCUAUUCAGCUCUAUGAGACAUGUUCCAUGACUUCAGAUGUACAGAAUACAUGCUUCUAUGGGCUGACACUUUUCAAGGCUGGUAGAAUAAAAGAUGCUUUUAAUGUGUAUAGUCAAGUCCUGACUGUAGUUCCUGGUAUGCCAGAAGAGUCUCAGGUGUAUGCAGCACUAGGUAUGGUAGCCUACAAGACUGGAGACAAAAGCCAAGCAAAGACUCUUCUCUUUAGCGGCUUCCAAACAUCUCAACCUUCACUUCAUGGCUUGUUGGCUCUGUGUGCCCUGGGACUUUUACAGAAAGACAUGACUUUGUCUGCUGCUGUACUUGAAGAGGUUUACAAAAGAGAAGAUAAAGAGGAAGUCCUGAAGGAGAUCAGUUUGUUGAAACUCUACUCAAACUAUUUACAGGACAGUUUCGAGGAAGGUUUAAUUGAAUUGAAACAAGUGUGUGAGACAACGCCAGCUCUAACAAGUCUCUUAGGACAAUGUCUUCUCAGUUCUUGGACCAAAUUAACCAAGUCAGAAAUCUUGCAUUCAAUUCUACAGUUUCUGUGUCUUCGUGAUAGCCGACAAGAAAAUGACCCACAGUUUGAUUUAGUACAAACACUAAGUCAACUAUUAGUUGGACAACAUCACAGGAAGUGCAAUGAUCAGAAUGUCUUGAAAACUGCACAAAAAGCAUUCCAUGCUAAUCCAGGUUGUCAUCUAGCAUUAAGUAAUUUGGCAGCGGCAGUUCAUGCAGAGGCUGUUGUCAUGAAAAACUCAAAGUGUAGCAAUUUGUUUCAAGUGGAGCAAGGUCUUCUAAACAUACUGCUUGAGGAUAAUAGGAUAACUCCAGAACUUAGGUCUUGGUGUCUGCAAAUGUUUGUUGUCAACUGCAUUGAGAGGAAAGAUAUUGACUCUGCACAAAUGUAUUUGAAAAGAUUUCAAGAGGGGCAUACAUUAUCAACAGUUGAAGAAAUGUUUUACAAGUCUAUAACAUCUUAUUUGACAAGAAAAAUUAAUCCUUUGCAUGAAAUUUCUGACAGUAGAAUACUUUCAAGACUUCAACUUCUGGUUGAUUGUGAAUUGUGUUGCCAUCACAAUGACUACCAGACUGCCAUCAACAUGUUAGAUAGAUUAAUUCAACAAACUGAAACACAAAACUGCUGUUCUGAUAGCAUCCUGCACAAUUUGAAAGAGAGACUUGCCUAUAUAGCUUUCUGUGGCUUGAAGGACCAGCCAGAAUCUCUUAACUUUAAGAAGAAAUUUGAAGAAAUACUAACUGAUAUGAAGGACUCUCCAAUUCUUUUAAUCAUGGAUGCCUAUAGAGCUUUAGCUGCAAAUGAUAACAGGAAAGCUAAAUUCUUGUUUGCUACAGCACUAGACAAAGUCAGUGCCAAUGAAGAUGUUGGAUUCUGUAGUUCUCUGGCUAGACAAUGGUUGCUAAAACUUUCUUGGGGAUCAACAAAAGAACAAGACCAAAAUCUGAUUCAAAAUAUAUUACAAGAUGCCAAGUCUAGAGGAGACUCUAAAACUGUGGAAAUGUUUCAGUCAUUAUCAGCUAAAUAACUGAUUGAAAUACAAAAUCUCUAUCUCUAUUAUAUGUAUCAAUUAUUUAUAUGUGAAAUACAUUUUUAAAUAAAAAAUUUCGACAUAUUUGUCUGGAGAAAUUUAAAUAAUAUAUUUAUAUACAUAUUAAAAGCUUUAUUUAUUCCACUAACAUUCUAUCAAAUAUGUGAAUUGUUUAUUGAACAAAUAUGAAAAGAUUUUUAGAACUGUUGCCUGUCAAAUCACUUAUGUUAUAAUUCAUAAUAUAAUAAUACAAUUACAGCUGUUCAUUCAAAAAAAAAGAUAUAAACUAAAUAUUUCAAAGAAUGUUGAUCACAAUGUGUAUUAAUUGAAC